UCGGAGCCGUAGCCCGCGCCCGCGCCCGCGCCGGAGUCGCCGCCUGGGGCGCUCGGGUCGGCCGCCGGGACACCGGAGCUGGGCGCUGCCGCAGCCGCAGAUUUGAAAGAAGCCAACUCUAAGCCACAGCAUACAAGAAGACCAUUUUCUCAAACAAGAGUCGCCCUUUCACGAAAUUACCAUGGUUGACACCGAGAUGCCAUUUUGGCCCACCAACUUCGGAAUCAGCUCCGUGGAUCUCUCUGUAAUGGAUGAUCACUCCCAUUCUUUUGACAUCAAGCCCUUCACCACUGUGGAUUUCUCCAGCAUUUCCACUCCACACUAUGAAGACAUUCCAUUCGCGAGACCGGACCCACUGGUUGCCGAUUAUAAGUAUGACCUGAAGCUCCAAGAGUACCAAAGUGCAAUCAAAGUGGAGCCUGCAUCCCCGCCUUAUUAUUCUGAAAAGACUCAGCUGUACAAUAAGCCUCAUGAAGAGCCUUCCAACUCCCUCAUGGCAAUUGAAUGCCGAGUCUGUGGAGAUAAAGCUUCUGGGUUCCACUAUGGAGUUCAUGCUUGUGAAGGAUGCAAGGGUUUCUUCCGGAGGACAAUCAGAUUGAAGCUCAUUUAUGAUAGGUGUGACCUUAACUGUCGGAUCCACAAAAAAAGUAGAAAUAAAUGUCAGUACUGUCGAUUUCAGAAAUGCCUUGCUGUGGGGAUGUCUCACAAUGCCAUCAGGUUCGGGCGGAUGCCACAGGCCGAGAAGGAGAAGCUGUUGGCGGAGAUCUCCAGUGAUAUCGACCAGCUGAACCCAGAGUCGGCUGAUCUCCGGGCCCUGGCAAAACAUUUGUAUGACUCAUACAUAAAGUCCUUCCCGCUGACCAAAGCGAAGGCGAGGGCGAUCUUGACAGGAAAGACAACAGACAAAUCACCAUUUGUUAUCUAUGACAUGAAUUCCUUAAUGAUGGGAGAAGAUAAAAUCAAGUUCAAACACAUCACCCCCUUGCAAGAGCAGAGCAAAGAGGUGGCCAUUCGCAUCUUUCAGGGGUGUCAGUUCCGCUCAGUGGAAGCUGUGCAGGAGAUCACAGAGUAUGCCAAAAGUAUCCCUGGUUUUGUAAACCUUGACUUGAAUGACCAAGUAACUCUCCUAAAAUAUGGCGUCCAUGAGAUCAUUUACACGAUGCUGGCCUCCUUGAUGAAUAAAGACGGGGUUCUCAUAUCAGAGGGCCAAGGAUUCAUGACAAGGGAGUUUCUAAAGAGCCUGAGAAAGCCCUUUGGUGACUUUAUGGAGCCCAAGUUUGAGUUUGCUGUGAAGUUCAAUGCACUGGAAUUAGAUGACAGCGACUUGGCAAUAUUUAUAGCCGUCAUUAUUCUCAGUGGAGAAAAUGCCAGGGGUAUAAUGCCAGGAGAACGUCACCACACAGACCGCCCAGGUUUGCUGAAUGUGAAGCCCAUUGAGGACAUCCAGGACAACCUGCUUCAAGCCUUGGAGCUCCAGCUCAAGCUGAACCACCCCGAGUCCUCUCAGCUCUUUGCCAAGCUGCUCCAGAAAAUGACAGACCUCAGACAGAUUGUAACAGAACAUGUGCAGCUAUUGCAAGUCAUAAAGAAAACAGAGACAGACAUGAGUCUUCACCCGCUCCUACAAGAAAUCUACAAGGACUUGUAUUAGCAGACAAGUCCGCAUUCACUGACAAUGUGUUCCUUCUUCCGAUUGCACUAUUAUUUUGAGGGGAAAUCUGACACCUAAAAAAUUUACUGUGAAAAAGCAUUUUAAAAAGAAAAGGUUUUAGAAUAAUAGAUCUAUUUUAUGCAUAUUGUUUAUAAAGAUACAUUUACAAUUUACUUUUAAUAUUAAAAAUUACCACAUUA